AUGACUAAUGUGAUUAACAUGGUAAACUAUUUUAGUUUAACAUUUUAUAAACUACUAAUAGCCAUGAAGUUCAACUACACCUUGUCCCUUUUGGUUUCGUGUUUCAUUUUAUACUUAACCUUCACCAAUGCUGCAAAUUUCAACAUUAUAAACCAAUGUACCUACACAGUUUGGGCAGCUGCUUCCCCAGGCGGUGGCAGGCGACUUGACCAAGGUCAAACAUGGUCCCUAGAUGUGGCUCCUGGCCCCACCAACGCUCGCAUUUGGGGCCGAACCAAUUGCAACUUUGAUGCCAAUGGCCAAGGCCAGUGUCAGACAGGUGAUUGCAACGGGCGCCUCGAAUGCCAAGGCUAUGGAAAGCCUCCGAAUACACUAGCUGAAUUCGCCCUAAACCAGCCUAACAACUUAGAUUACUUCGACAUUUCCCUGCUUUAUGGAUUCAACAUCCCAUUGGAGUUCAGCUCCGUUACUCCUUGCUAUGAUAUCAGAUGUUCAGCACCUAUUGUUGAUCAAUGUCCAACUCAGCUAAGAACUCCAGGUGGGUGCAACAAUCCUUGCACUGUUUUCAACACAACUGAGUACUGUUGCACCAGUGGCACUAGCUGUGGCCCGACCUUCUUCUCCACGUUCUGCAAGGGCAGGUGCCCUGAUGCUUAUUGCGAUCAUCGAGAUGAUCCUACAAGCUUUUUUACUUGCCCAAGUGGUACAAAUUAUAGGGUUGUUUUCUGCCCUUAA